GCAGAGGGAUACUGAGUUACUGACUCGGCAGAAAAUAGAGGCUGGAAACCGACGGCGGAGCCGACGUGGCUCCUAAAAAUAGCUCUGAAGAGUCGCAUGUUUGGUUCUCUGCUCUGCGCAGUCUUCAUUCCCUCCAGAACCACCCUUAGAGAACGUAUUACCAUUCCAGUGGUUUCUUUGACUCUGACUUUCGCUUCGAAGGAAACAGGACGUCUCUAUCGUUCAUUUUUAUUUGCGGCCGGCUUCUCAUGUACAUGAAUAAGUUACUAGCCUUUCGUAAGUUCUUCCCUUACAAAGCAUUUUCUUCAGACAUCUAUAGGUACCAUGUACAAGAAAGCCUUUGCAGUAGUGACCGUAUUCUUAAUCUUUAUCUUACGGCGAAGCACUCUCUCGGGGUACCAUCACAAUGAAGGUCGCAGCUUCCAUCCCAAGAACGUGGUGCAGCAGAAUGCUACGACAACCAAGAGGCUAAACUCUCCAGCGGAAGGAACGGCACCGAAAUUCGUUGCUUCAAAUGCCCUUCACCCUCGAGUCCUUGUCUAUAAUCGGGUCCCCAAGUGUGGGUCGAGCACAAUGAUUGGUACCUUGUUAGAGUUGAGCAAACUCAAUGGAUUCACUCACUUGCACUCAUCAAACUAUAACAAUAUCUGGAUGAAUCGUACGAUGCUGGAAUACAUGACGACGGGGUGGCUGGAGGUUUCAAAAUCCAUGCGGUUCAGUUUCGACCGGCACUUGCUCUUCUUCGAGGUCCAGAGAUUCAAAGAAGGUGAAGUAGCGUGGAUGAACCUCAUCAGGGAGCCAGUAGAGAGAUUUGUCAGCAAGUACUACUACACACAACAAUACCAAGGUACCACGAAGGUGAGGAGUCUGGAAGACUGCUUGGGAGACGCUGAUCGUUCUCAGUGCUUGCCGGACAACAUAAAUAUUGUAUUAUCGCAGAUUACCUACUUCUGCGGACGGGAACCGCUAUGCAUGGUUUUCGGGGACAAAUGGGGCCUGCAGAAGGCAAAGGCUAACGUCGAGGCAUUCUUCAGCGUCGUGGGAAUCCUGGAGGAUCUCCCGACUACCUUUCAGGUCCUACAGAAUGUCCUGCCAGAUUUCUUCACGAAUUACGAGUUCACUUUCCAUGGAACGGGUAGGAUCGUAGAGAACCGACGAUCGGAAAAGUUCAGGCAGCCUAUUUCCAACGCCACCAAGAUGUUCCUGAAGGACUACUUAAGAGAAGAAAUAGAAUUCUACGAAUAUAUCAAACGCCGACUGUACGUUCAGGCCAAGAUGAUCACGUCAGCAGCAGACGAUGCAUAUUGAUUUACUUGAAUGCAACGGAUCAGGCGAUAUCACUACAGCAAGAACUUUCUUUAGUGUUUUAAUGACCACUUUGCGUCCGUUAGAUACUAUGAAACUUAAAACGGAAAAAUGCGUAGUAUAUCAACUGAGAAAAUUUAACAGAUUCUCAAGCAGGGUUUGAACUCGCGUCAUCCGAGUUGCAAGAACACAGCUUGGAGAAAGUUGAAGAAAUUGAAGUGAUUAGAGCUAAAGUAAGCUCUAAUUUGAUGGAGCUUUGUUUUACGCUUGUAUUAUAACUAUGAAAUCACAGGACUUGACUACCGUAACAGUCUUAAUAACGGUAUAGCCACAAUAUUGGCAGGAGAAACUGAAAGGUUUUCAAUCAACAAAACAGCUGAAUUAAUAUUAAUGAAUAAAAUCCCAUUGGGGAUAGGGGCACUCUCACCCAUAUUGAACUUCGAUGGCUACACUUCGAAGCAAGAACUGAAUCUAAAAACAAAUUUGACU